AUGUGGUCGGUGCCGCCUUAUUCCACCACGCUCAAUUCUACAUCCCGCACAGCUGUGGAAUGGAAAAACAACUACAUGCGUCACAGACCUCCCAAACAGGGCACUACCACCGACCCCUCCGCCGUCAGCAAAAACCUGCAACGAGUCACAGGGACCAAUAGCAGACUCUUGACUUUCCUCUUUUUGGGAUACCAAACCCUGGCACCACACCAAGAUGACCGGCUUCACAAGGGAUAUUUGUUUAUAAAUAAUGAUGUAAACAUUUGCUUGGGUAAUAUACAGUUGAUAAUCGCACCCGCUUUGACGCGUACUGCUUUCUCAAGGUGUGGUGAUCAUUACUUGUUUGUUUUUACUCUCUGCUUUCUGUGGCGUUACUCUGCUCUCUGUUCUCUUGUUACUCCGAUGAUAUUCGAUCCUAUUUCUCUUCUAAUCACCAAACCCAAUAAAGCAAAGGAGCGACACAAAGAAAAACACUUUUAA